AUGUACCGAACUGCCUAUGGCGUGCCACAGAUCCCCGAAGAGGAUGCACACUGCAUGAUGCACGAGUCGCAUCUGAUGUCAUGUCAAUACCAGACACUGUGCUACGACGGGCACACCUACACUAUCCUGACGGACGUAGAGAAUAAAGGGCGCAGAUACGCGCACAUGCGCAAAGAGUGGGGACUUGAUCUGGACACGGAUGAUUUCGAGAUGAUUUCUCAGAAUAUGCAGUUCGAUUGGAAAUUGAC